CCCGCCUGAGGAGCGACGCGUUUGCAGCUCGGCGACGCCGCUCCCAGACCAGGCUUCCGAACUAAACCUUCGCGGGAUCGAAUUGGCUGUUCGGCAGUCAUACGCACCGCGGCCCGCUUGCGGUCAGACGAAUCAGGGCCCUACCCGGCCGCCGUAGCUACCUUCCUGUAGUGGGCGGGGCCGAGGCCGGGGUCACCCCGCCGGAGCCACCUCUGCCAGCAACAUGUUCAAGGUAAUUCAGAGGGCUGUGGGGCCGGCCAGCCUGAGUCUGCUCACCUUCAAAGUCUAUGCGUCACCUAAAAAGGACUCACCUCACAAAGCUUCUGUGAAGGUUAAUGAGCUUUCACUCUACUCGGUUCCCGAGGGUCAGUCUAAAUAUGUGGAAGAGCCAAGGACCCCACUUGAGGAAAGCAUUUCACAUCUCCGACAUUAUUGCGAGCCAUAUACAAGUUGGUGUCAGGAAAUGUACUCCCAAACUAAGCCCAAGAUGCAGAGCUUGGUUCAAUGGGGGUUAGGCAGCUAUGAAUAUCUCCAAAAUGCACCUCCUGGAUUUUUUCCAAGACUUGGUGUUAUCGGUUUUGCUGGCAUUGUUGGACUUCUUUUGGCUAGAGGUUCAAAAAUAAAGAAGCUGGUAUAUCCGCCUGGAUUCAUGGGACUUGCUGCCUCUCUUUAUUACCCACAACAAGCCAUUGUAUUUGUCCAGGUCAGUGGGGAGAAAUUAUAUGACUGGGGUUUACGAGGAUACAUAGUCAUAGAAGAUUUGUGGAAGGAGAACUUUCAAAAGCCAGGAAAUGUGAAGAAUUCACCUGGAAAUAAAUAGAAUGCUGCAUGCUCUGCCCAUUUUAAUCAGUUAUAGGUAAACAUUGGAAACUCCAUGCGGUAAACCAAUAUUUCUACAGAAAAAUGGCAGAGAAGUCAGUACCGAAUGUAGUAAAUUGGUUUUCUUCUUCAGGAUAAACUAUGCUAGGCUUCUUUGUUAUCUUGGGUGAUACCAUACUACAAGUGGACUAAUUGGAAAUCCUUUCACCUAGAGAGAAUGUCUAGCCUUAGAACUCAUUCUCAUGUUGCUAUUUAUGUACAUAAUUAAAAUUCCAAAUUAAAAAAAAAA